AUGGACUCCAUCGGCGACGGAGCGACGAACCGACUGGGUAAACCAUCCCACGUUCUCGUCUCCUUCAAACCACCAGCGAAUUUUCUUCAAUCGCGCCUUGGGACCUCGCAAUUCUCGUCCAGCCGCAUACAAAUUGCGGGAUGUGACGGCGUAGCCGUGCCCGCCGGGGUUCCAGCUCAGUUCAGCGGGGAGUCCCUGUUAAGCGUCGUUGCAAACAAAUUAACACACCCGAACAUCCUGGCACUUGGCCUCGGAGCCAGAUUCCGUAUAGAGGCGUCUUCCCUCCCUCUAGGGCCAGGCUCCCAGGUUCAACGUCCACCAUGGGUACUUGGCAUCCUCGCAACCGCCUGGCCGGGUCGACCAGAUGGGCCGAGGGGAUUCUGCGAGGGAGGCAAGCCGCCCGCUACAAGGCGCCAGCAACCUGCCAACAUGCCUGGGAGGUCUGGGAGGAGGCUUGGAAGACUGCAGACGUGCGGUGGGUGA